AUGGCACCGCUGGCGCUCUUCCGAAACCCAAGCUCUGUCAUCAUCCCCCUGCCGGCCCUCUGGAAGCUCCCGCCGCCAUCUGCUUUCGUUUAUCCCCAGCCCGAGCCCGAUCCUGGCCCCGGCAGCGUUCCCGGGAAAGGGGACGGAGCCCGCCGAGCCCGGCCCGGCCCCGGAAUUUAUGGGAUUGCGGCCAGAAUCUGCGGGAUUGCGGCCAAAGUCUGUGGGAUCGCUGCCAAAAUCCGUAGAAUUGCAGCCAGGAUCUGUGGAAAUGAAGCCAGGGAUGUGGAGAUGGACAUCCGGAAUACGGUGGGGAACAUUCCCAUGGAAUGGUACCAGGAUUUCCCGCACAUCGGCUACGACCUGGACGGGAAGAAGAUCUACAAACCCCUGAGGAGCAAGGACGAGCUGGACCUGUUCCUGGAGAAGAUGGAAAACCCGGAAUACUGGCGCACGGUGCAGGACCCUCAGACGGGGGCCGAGCUGUGUCUGUCGGAGGAGCAGCUGGAGCUGGUGCAGCGCCUGCAGCGGGGGCACUUUGGGGACGUCAACUUCGACCCCUACGAGCCGUCCGUGGAUUUCUUCACCCACGAGGUGCGGAUCCACCCGGUGACCAACCGGCCCGCGGACAAACGGAGCUUCAUCCCCUCCCUGGUGGAGAAGGAAAAGGUCUCCAAGCUGGUGCACGCCAUCAAGAUGGGCUGGAUCCAGCCGCGGAAGCCCAAGGAGAGCGCCCCCACCUUCUACGACCUGUGGGCGCGCGAGGACCCCGACUCGGUGCUGGGCCGGCACAAGAUGCACGUGCCCGCGCCCAAAAUGGCGCUGCCGGGGCACGCCGAGUCCUACAACCCGCCCCCGGAGUUCCUGCUCAGCCCCGAGGAGGAGCUGGCCUGGCAGCAGCAGGAGCCGUCGGAGCGGCGCCUGCCGUUCCUCCCGCGGCGCUUCCCGAGCCUGCGCGCCGUGCCCGCCUACCCGCGCUUCAUCCACGAGCGCUUCGAGCGCUGCCUCGACCUCUACCUCUGCCCCCGCCAGCGCAAAAUGAGGGUCAACGUGGAUCCCGAGGAUCUCAUCCCCAAACUGCCCCGGCCGAGGGAUCUGCAGCCAUUCCCCACCACCCAGGCUCUGAUUUACCGCGGCCAUUCCAGCCUGGUGCGGACCAUCAGCGUCUCCCCCAGCGGGCAGUGGUUGGUGUCAGGCUCGGAUGACGGCACGGUGCGUUUCUGGGAGGUGAGCUCUGCGCGCUGCCUGCGCACGCUGCCCGUCGGAUCCGUGGUCAAGAGCGUGGCCUGGAACCCCAACCCCUCCAUCUGCCUCGUGGCCGUGGCCGUGGACGAGCAGGUGCUCCUGGUGAACGCGGGCCUGGGGGACCGGCUGCUGGUGUCGGGCACGGAUCAGCUGCUGGACUCGUGGCAGGCUCCGGAGGAGGAGCGGCCGCAGCCGGCGCGCUGGGAGCCGGCCGGCGCCGAGGAGCGCGCCCGGGGCAUCCGCCUGAGGGUGCAGCACGGCAAGCCGGUGACGCAGGUGACGUGGCACGGCAAGGGCGACUACUGGGCGUCGGUGGUGCGGAACCCGGGCGGCCGGCAGGUGCUGAUCCACCAGAGCAGCCGGCGCUGGAGCCAGGACCCGUUCCGGAGGAGCCCGGGGAUGAUCCAGUGCGUGCGGUUCCACCCGGUGCGGCCCUACUUCCUGGUGGCCUCGCAGCGCUCCGUGCGCGUCUACAACCUGCUGCGCCAGGAGCUCACCAAGAAGCUGCAGAGCAACUGCCAGUGGAUCUCCAGCAUGGCCGUGCACCCCGGAGGGGACAACGUGAUCUGCGGCAGCUACGACAGCAAGCUGGCCUGGUUUGACCUGGACCUGUCCACGCGGCCCUACCGGCUGCUGAGGCACCACGGCCGCGCCGUGCGCUCGGUGGCGUUCCACCGCCGCUACCCCCUGUUCGCCUCCGGCUCCGACGACGGCUCCGUCAUCGUCUGCCACGGCAUGGUCUACAA